CUAACGUAAUGUCUUGAUAUGUGUGUGUGUGUGUGUGUAUAAGAAAGGAGGGGUCAUUGAGUUCUAGGGUGGAGCAGCCAUGGGAGAAGAGUUCAAGCACUUGGUGCUCGUAAAGUUUAAGGAAGGAGCAGCGGUGGAAGAGAUUCUCAAAGGCAUGGAGAACCUCGUCUCUGAAGUCGAAGCUGUCAAAUCCUUUGAGUGGGGACAGGAAAUGGAGGGACCAGAGAUGCUUACACAGGGAUUCACGCAUGCCUUCUUGAUGACAUUUGAAAACAAGGAGGCUCAUACCGCGUUCGUGGGACAUCCCAAGCAUGUUGAAUUCUCUGCAACCUUCUCGGCAGCCAUUGACAAGAUUGUGGUGCUUGAUUUCCCAGCUAUUCGUGCCAAACCACCUCUACCAGCUUGAAUAUCAGCCAGUGCCUCUUUGUGUUGGAAAUGUAAAACCCCUACAUGAUGAGUAUUUUUAUAAUAGUACUACUGCUUGUUUUCCAACAAAGCGAUUCUUUUUUCUUUUC